UCGCUCUGCUCAGGUCGGGUCGGGCUGGCUCUGCUCGGUUGUGUGGUGCAGAUUCGCUUCGAGCAGAGUGUCACACAGCCGGAGAAAGAGAGGCGCAUACUGGACACACGGAGUCACCCGGCUGUGUCGCGACGGAAUAUGACGGUUCCGACCGGCCUUGCUGCAGCCGUCUCUCUUCGCAGCUACUUCCUCAGACUCUGCGCCUCUUGUUAGCGGGCCUCCCUCCCCCCAUCUCCCCAUCCCUUUCCUUUCCCUCUUUCCCCCACCUACUCCUCCCCCCAUCCCCUCCACCGCCACGCCGCCGCCGUCACACCGCCGCCAAAUGACACCCACCCCGCAGCAGAUCAAGGACCAGCUGCUCCAGGCCAUAGACAAGGAUGCCAAUAGCAUAGAGAAGACAUCCCAAUCAAAGUUUGCCAACAUGGCCAGCUGAUCCCUUUUAAUAGCUGUGCAUCUAAGGAGUUCUUAAGAUCCGUAACAUGGUGGCGGUGCUGGAUGUGAUCUCCAGUUUGGAGAAGUAUCCCAUUACCAAAGAGGCCCUCGAGGAAACGAGGUUGGGGAAACUCAUCAAUGAUGUACGGAAGAAAACCAAGAAUGAGGAGCUUGCAAAGCGUGCCAAGAAACUGCUAAGGAGCUGGCAAAAGUUGCUGGUUGAGCCUGUUGGGCAGGUCGAGUCUGUGCCCAGAGCACUGUCCAACUCCCCUGGUUCAGCUAAUGGGGGAGCUCAUGCUUACAAGCAUGACUUGUCAUCUCUGGCCACAAGCACUUCAGCCGGGGGAGCCAAGCCUGUCCCGGAUCUGAAAAAUAAGAAUGAUGUGCACAACUCCUACUCUCUCUUUGGUGACAAGCAGGGUAUUCGGAAACGGAAAGGGGAUGGCAUGAAAGGGCCACCAUCCAAAGUCCCAAAGCCUAAUAACGAACAGCUGCAGAACUCUACACCACCGCCAUCCAAUGGAAUUCGCAGCAGUCCAGAAAACUACCCAAGUCCUCCCGAUAUGGCACCUUCAAACACCCAAGCUGUUCCAGACAAAUGCAGGUCAGACCCUCAGGCACCUUAUGAAAAUGACAAGCAUAGCAAGAUACCAGUCAAUGCUGUGAAACCACAUACCAGUUCUCCAGGUCUUGUAAGAAACCCUAGCACUUCCACGUUGCUUAAGACUGCUAUUCUGCAGCAGCAUGGAAAAACCGAUGAUCCUGUGGGCCGUUAUCGACCCAGUAGCCCACGUUGUCAAUCAUUUAGCCCAAGGACUCAUAAACAGGAAGUGCCGAGCAAACCUUCUACGACAUAUGCACCCAAGGGCUCUAUAGCUAGCCCUUCUCAGAGCUUUACAGGUACGUCAGCUCAAGCAGGUACUGAUUCUGACAGGACAGUAUCCCAACUAUCCAAGAAAAAUGUUCAGAUGUCAUCUCCUGUAUUGCAGACAGCUACAACACCACCUCUGCCACCUCAGCUAAUAAGCUUACACCUACCAGAGUCGGAAAGGCUAUUAGAUCGGCUCGUAGACACACCUCGUUUGGAAACCCUUGGUGAAAACCAACUGCAACAUCAUUCUUCACCACAACAGCAGCAGGACUCGAUGUACCCCUCGCAGAGCCCCAAUUCAUCAACUUCACAUCGCGGAGAAUCCUUGCAGAAUUUUGACUUGGAUGCUAAUAUGGAAGACCUGACCCCCAGUGAAUGUGCCUCUUUUGGUCACGAUAAAAGGUCAUCCAAGAAAAAAUACAGGUCCAGAGACUAUCAGGUGAACUUAGACGGACAAUUUAUCGAUGAAAGUGUAAAACCUGUACGGUUGAAAGAGCGUAGAAUUACAUUUGACCCUGCCACUGGACAGAUCAAACCUUUAACACAGAAGGAAUCAUCUCAGGCUGAAAGCUCUGUUCCAACUGAACCCCAUCGAACCACCGAAGUGGUCCAAGAACAGAGAGUGAAUUUGCAAAGUACUUUAGAUCAAACAAACUGGAAGGAAUUAUCAAAAAAUGAAAUUAUUCAGUCUUACUUAUCGAGACAGAGCUGCCUUCUUUCAUCCUCAGGAGUGCAGCCUCCAGGAGGUCACAUUGUUGAAUUUCUACAGCAUGAAAGCCACAGGUAUAGCACUAGCACAGUGACCCGCGAGGUCCACGUAUUGGUACCUGCAGACUCUCCCUCAGAACUUCCUGGGGUCAGUAGAGAGAUCAAAGACUCGGACAUUCACCGAAUACACGAGCAACACUGGGCAGGUGUGAACGGUUGCUGGGACAACCAGGGCAAAUGGUAUGAUUGGACGCAGGGCAUAUCUUUGGACCCUCAUGGUGAUCAGGGACAACUGCACAUUCUACCAUAUGUCAGUCUGGACUGAGCAUUAGCGCCCAUUUGGCUUGCUUUAAGGUUUAAGGUCAUCUGGUGACAAACAAGUGGUUCCUACUUACUGGAAAUGAGCAAAUGUAUCAGGGUUGCAAGAUAAGGUUCUGAAGGUUCUAAUUCUCAGCCCAUCUCUGUAAGACACGCUGCCCCGUCCAACCCCAGUACCCUCUCUUCUGCAGUUUGCUGCUAUCAGUGUUUUAACCAAAAUUGCAAAGGAGGGAAAAUAGCACAGGAGGAGUGUGAGAAAGAAAAAGGAAAGAAUGGUUAGUUCUGAUGAAAACACAACUUCCCUUUGGGAUGAGGACAGGUUUUAAUGAGAGGUCAACAUGCUCAGUGAGGAACGGUUUGUCUGUGGGAGAAAGUUGAGGUUUGAUAAUGUUCCAGCACUUUACAGUUGGCUGGAUGUGGUCUGGGGGAGUUACAGGAGCUUUAUGUGACAUCAAAACUAAAUGAAUAAUGUUACCUUAAAAAGUAUGCAUCUAUUUAUUUUAUUUCUCUUUUUAAAAACAAAACACUUUAAUUUGGCAGUGAGACAAACGUGCAAAAACAGCAGAUUUCUCUUAUUUGCAUCACUUUUUUUGAACGUAAUUUUUUUAACGUGAAAAAUCAUGUUAGACUGUGAAUGUUUGCACAGUACCACGUCAUACCAAACAUUCCAUAGGUCUUCACAUGCUAGUAGUAGCUAUCAUCUUCUGUUUAAACAGGGAUACAAUCGGUCUUCAUAAUUUAGGUUCAAAAUGUUUGAAAUCUAUUUUACAAUGUCAAAUAUGAGGGUUUUUUAUUCUUGCCAUCUUACUAAAUUCAAACAUCAACUACUAUAUAAUUUUGUUUUCUGCUUUGCUCUCCUCUUGUUUGGUCUCUACAAACAUCCUGACUUCCCCAAAUUUCAAAGAGGAAAAAAAAAGAGGGUGCUACUAGUUUGCAACUUUGUACUGUGACAAGUUGAUUUAAAAAAAGAAUCAAAACAUUUCAAAAGGAAUCUGUUUGUAUGCUGGAGAUAUACUUGUUACCAUUCCUUUAGAUAUUGUUUGCCUUAUGGAAUUCAUCAUACCACAACUGCAAAACAAGAAGCCUUAGUGAAUGUACAGAAAUUAGACUUCUGUGUUCUGCACAAUACAGAAGGAAUGACUUUGCUAUUUGGUCCUUUUAAGUGGACACGUUGUGAUAUAAAUGUGGAAACAAUUAAAAAAAAUUUGCACAGAAA